CAUGGCACGUCGUUCAAGCAUGAAGGGAGGACGAUCCAACAGCAACGCCAACAGGAGACUCCUCAGGUCCUUCCUGAGCGCGUGCAGGAAGCUGCAGCUGCUGGGCGCCGGCGGCGAUUGGGCGCGGCUCGGCUCCGGGGACGAAGACCAGGCGAAGGGGGGCAUCCCGUGGGACGUGCCGAGGGGCCACACGGUGGUGUACGUGGGCGAGGAGCUGCGGCGGCACGUCGUCCGGGUGUCCUCGCUCGGCCACCCGCUGUUCCGCGAGCUGCUCGACCGCGCCGGUGAAGAGUACGAGUUCGCCGGCGCCAACAGGCUCUGCCUGCCCUGCGACGAGGACUUCUUCCUCGGCGUGCUCUGCCACGUCGGGGACUCCAAGCAAGUGCACCACUGGAGGCUCUCUCUCUGCAUCUAGUUCUAGCCGAUUGACUGAUUCACGGCGAUAACGAGAUUUGCGUACGUACAUGGUUUUCCAGGUCUCAGGUUGUAUAGGGUUUCUCUGUAGGUAUGUGUUGGAAAUUUAGUUCUUGUGUUCCGUGCUCUGUAUUCGAUUCUUCUUCAAGGAUGCGCCGCGCAAGUGCCGUGGCGCAGAAUGGCACUCGUUCGAACUAGCUUGCGAUUUAUUUGAAGGCUGCGAAAGGUCUCCAUGCAUGAUUGUCCAGGCUUUGCACGGUUGCACCUUGAUCCGGCCAUUUUUGGUCCACGUUGGUGGUCUCGAGUAUUUGUCAUGGCCAGCGCAAGCGCGUGUCAUGUAUUUAUGACGAUGUAAAAGAAGAUUCAUUCAGAGUUUCAAACAGAGCAGCUUACAUACAGAUUGCACAUACCGACAGUUGCAAUUUAUGGAGCAUAUACAGAGAUGUUUCGUUUCAUUCAGAGUUCAAA